CUCCUCCCCGUAUUAUUAAAUCCGCUUAAUAUUAUUUUUUGCGUCUGCCCCUUUUCCACAAAUUCACAGGGCAAAGUCAAAUAUACCUUCUCUCUUCUUCUUCCGUUGUCUCUGCGAAGAAGCUGUUCUGUAAGAAGAUUAUGGACGGAGGUGGCGCGUACAACCCACGCACGGUGGAGGAGGUUUUCAGAGAUUUCAAGGGUCGUAGGAGUGGCAUGAUUAAAGCUUUAACCUCAGAUGUUCAGGAGUUUUACCGACUUUGUGAUCCAGAAAAGGAGAACUUGUGUCUCUAUGGGCGCCCAGAUGAGCACUGGGAAGUGAACUUACCAGCUGAAGAGGUUCCCCCUGAGCUCCCGGAGCCUGUCUUGGGCAUCAACUUUGCCCGAGACGGGAUGCAGGAAAAGGACUGGUUGUCCCUUGUUGCUGUCCACAGUGAUGCAUGGCUUCUUGCAGUUGCUUUCUUUUUCGGAGCCAGGUUUGGCUUUGACAAAGCUGAUAGGAAAAGGCUUUUCAAUAUGAUGAAUGAUCUUCCAUCGAUAUUUGAGGUUGUGGCUGGCACUGCUAAGAAACCAUCCAAGGAGAAAUCUUCUGUUUCCAACAAUAGUAGCAACAGAUCCAAAUCAAACUCCAAGCGAGGAUCAGAACCAAGGCCCAAGCUGACAAAGCCUGAGCCCAAAGAUGAGGAGGAGGAGGAAGAGGAAGGUGUGGAAGAAGAGGAGGAUGAGGAUGAUGAGCAAGGGGAAACACAGUGUGGGGCAUGUGGUGAGAGCUAUGCAGCUGAUGAGUUCUGGAUCUGCUGUGACCUCUGUGAGAACUGGUUCCAUGGGAAGUGUGUGAAGAUAACACCAGCCAGGGCUGAGCACAUUAAGCAGUAUAAGUGCCCAUCUUGCAGCAACAAGAGAGCUCGGUCCUAAAAUUCAAUUCUGUGUAUUUGCUUUACAUAUGAUGUAACAGCCUUACUCUUUGGUUAGAUCAGAUUUGUUGGUUAAGUUAAGACUUCUUUUCGCCUUAGGGAAGACAUUUAGUUAUCAUUUGUUACCAAUGUUUAUUGAGUGAAGGCAUCUACGUGUUUAGGGUUUGAUCCUUGUUCUGUCUUAUGUUUGUUCAUUAGAGAAGAAAACAUUUUAAUUCUCAAUCAAAGUGUUUGUUCUAUU